AUGCCAAGAACGUUGAGUUUUCUCUCAGUUUUUCUUUGCGUUAGAGCUUUAUUUGUUUGCUUAGCUGUUUUGUCAACUUUUCAAUGCUCUUUUUCUUCCUUUCUGCCGUACGAUUUUGGACACGAAGAUGUCGAGAGUGUUGUCUACACUUCGAAUUCAGAAGACAACGGAACUGAUUCAUUUGGACAACUUUACUUUCAAGGCUCUUCAAUGGUGAUUAUCUAUCAAGUAAGGUAUAGAUACAACGACACAAAAUACAAUAGGAACUCUUUGGUUAGGCGUUAUGCUUCUCAAGGCAUUAAACCAAACAUUAGAUUUUGGAAUCUUACGUGGAAUACCUCGUUUGAGCUGAAAGAACUCGUUGAAGAAGACACUGUUUACUGGAGGCGAAACAUUUCAAAACUUCAGAUAUCUCAAGAUACAAACUAUAUUUCAGGGUCCUGGAAGUACCUUGUAGAGCUAGGAAAGGGAUUGAACUUGUUUGAGAAAUCAGGAAGUCUGAUUCUCAAAGAUGAAGAACCGCUAUUGAAUCUGGAGUUUGGAGAUGAAAUAACGAACCCUAUUUUAUUUCAAUCUAAACCUAACGGUUUGAUAAUAAAGAGCUCUCCUUGCUCUUCUGGUGUUGCUGCCAUUGUUCCUGUCAUAAAUACAACCGAAGACGAGUAUUCAGGAUGUUAUUUCGGAGUAACAUACAACUACUUCAACCCGUCGUCUGUAUCGUGGCAUAAUUUGCUUCACCAGUCCUCCGCUAUACCAAAUGAGUAUUCCAUCUGUAAACAGAGCUCUUUUUCCAAGUGCGCCAACCUUUCCAUAAUAGACUUCACUCUGCUAAAGAACCACUUACUGUUUCUCACGACAAAUGGCAUAUUACUUUCAAAGAACUUCACUAAAGCUUUAAGAAAUGGACCUGGGACUAAGCUGAGUUUCACAUCCGUACAAUCAAUACACCCUGAUAUUGACGAAGCAAUAAGAAUGGGCAGCGUUAACAGAAGAGAGGACAUGAAGUUGUUUCACACACCGCAUUGUCACAGAUCUUAUGUAUCAGACCUUGAAGAGGUGUGCAUAGUUUACCGUAACAACACUUCCAAUUCCUCGCUCACUGUCUGUAGUUACGCACCCUUUGAAAGAUGGAGGACACUCGUUCUCGAAAGUGCACCCGAAAAACAUUAUCUGCUGGAUAUGGUUCAGGAUAUAGAUAGACAAUCUACUGUAGCCUUGAUAAAUGACAAGUCUCAGGAAGUCACCUUAUUGCAAGUUUACAAUGGAACGAAGCUUUCUUUUCCUGCUUUUAUCUUCGACAAGGGCGAGACCGCUGAAAGCUUAUAUUUCCAUGCAUAUACCAAGAUUAUCUAUGCCUAUGGAUCUCAGGUGUGGCAGUCAUUAGACGGUGGGAAUUCUUUCUAUAAAGUCACUUCACUGCACGACCAAGACAGGGUGACAUCAUUUUCAAUAGAUCUCUUUGGUAACACUUUUUGCGUGACUACAAGACUUGGAUCUAUUCUUAUUGGAAAAGCAGGUAUACAUAGAGCAAUUGUAGUCGAACGAUUAGGAAAUGGCUCACUUAGUCACCCAGUAUAUACUCAAGUCUUAGGUCAUGCAAAUACUGUUGUAGCAUUGAAACCACAAGUUGCUGGUGGGAACUUUUCACUAUCCCCAACUGCUUUUGAAAUCAAGCGUGAUAAUGAAAGUCAGCACACUUUACCUUUGUCACUGCUAGCAAGCUUCAGAGAUGAAACCCAAGUAGAGUUCUAUGUAAGCUCUGAGUGCGGCGACUGUUUUUCUUCUGGUCAAGUUAUUUACUCGAAAUAUGGUGGGUCAGCCAGGAUCGUUCGUGUGGAAAAAACAUCCAUUUUGAUGUCAAAUGUCUUCAAGCACAAGAUAGUUGGGCUGGUUACAAAAGCGUUUGCAGAGCCACCAAGGAAUAGAACUAAUUCACUAUUGCAAGUCAGAUGGUCUGGCUGGAAUGCAUCAUUGACAUUACUUAGCAGGAUGAAUACUGAUGACCGUUGGCAAGAAGACGACUUAGGGAAGACUGUGAUAUUACCAGAAGGGCAAAGUUUUAUAUUAAAACACUAUGUCAAUGAAACUACCUUCAUAGGGUUAACAUAUAUUCCUUGGAUGCGGAAUACACCUUGGGAGGAUACCUUUGAAGGCUGGACGUUGCAUGACUUCCGGGACCCCAUAUCAAGUAACAUUAGUUGGUGGGUAAAUGAAGACACUUGCAGGAGUGUCCUUCUCGAAAGAAGAAAUUUGGAUAUGCGACUUUUCCAUUUAGAUUCAAUGGACUCCUUGACAUUUACUGCAACUUCCAUAAGUAAGACCACGUCGAGGCAGCCCUUCGCAAGAGUCUUCAUAAGUAAUCCUCGAUUAUUUAUAUUAAAGUCGGUUGUUCAUACUUCCUUUCUAAACACAAGUCUUACAGCCUUAAUUUCUCAGAAGCCUUCAGCCAGAGGAACAUCAUCCUUAACUGUUCUACUUCAACAUUCGUCUCUUUUUUGUAAGAGCACCUCGUUUACCAUUUCCAUCCACAGUGGAUGUCCUCCUUCGAAGAAACUUCGUUACAUCUACCCGUCAACCUUCUCUGAUGCCUCCUUUCUGGACGCAAAGGCGAUCGAUUCUAAAGGUAUCCAGAGAAAUUUCAAGCUCCCAUUCAACUAUAGACCCCCAUCGGCUCGUGGAAAGGCUAUCCCAUUGACCGGUAACAUAUACAACGUAGAUCCCAAAAGACCCCAUUACAAGGAUGCAUACUCAGUUACAAGAGAAACAGUCCAAUAUAAACAAUGUCAAGGAGUAAAUGAACGCACAGCUUGUGGAUGUACCCUUGGAAUGAGAAGAUCUUCAUCAGAAAGAUACUCAGAUUGUAUCGAUACGGUAUAUAGGAUUCUGUUUACUGAAAAACUCAUGCCCAAGUUUACUGUCUCAAGAGAUGAGAGAGAAACUAUCAAACUCGAUUCACCCUACUACCUCAAGGAGUUGAAUAAUAGAAUUGAUUACGAAGCUUUGAAUCCCAGUACGAAAACUUUUCCAGGAAUACCUUACAUAAUUAUGGAGGAAAAAAUGAACAGCUCGGUGGAGUUUGUAGGGUCUGGCUUAUACCAUUUUAGAGCCCACGUUGUACAAGAUAACUACACUUUUUGUGAGCUAACUGAUGAGUUCUUGGUUUUUGUCGUUGACACGCCUUUACCUUACCCAGUUAAGGAUAUUGUCAUGGCUUGUACUGUUAUGGGAUUCUCGUCCAUGUUGUAUUUGAUUUAUUUGGUAUUCUUUCAUGGAAAAAAGAAGAUUAAAUAUGACUAAAGAAUCUUUCAGAGCCUUGGGACGUGCUUGUUUCCCCGUGUUAAAGCAAUUUGUUUUUACAAGCUUCGUAUUUGAUCUGAAAAAAGAACGCACUCUAAAUGAC